AAUGUAUUCAAAGUCUAUGUGGAUCUCAGACAUAUAGAGACUCUAAGGGAAAUCAAAGCUGGUGUGCCUUGUUCAAGGCUGAGCUCUAAAUAUGAGGCGUCCUAGCUGGCUUCUUUCUAUUGGCUGUUCCUCACCUAACAAAGAAAAUCUGCUUUUGUUUUUACAGUAAGAAUGUUGAUGAAGAUCACAUCAAGGACAGGCUGGAGCAGCUGAGAUGUCACUUUACAUGGGAUUUGCUAAUUGAAGACACUGCAAUGCCUGAUUUGGAAAACAGGAUCUUCGAUGAGAUUGAGUUCCUAGACACCAAAUACAAUGUGGGAAUACACAACCUACUGGCCUAUGUGAAACACCUGAAAGGCCAGAAUGAGGAAGCCCUGAAGAGCUUGAGAGAAGCUGAAGACUUAAUCCAGGAAGAACAUGGUGACCAAUCAGGCAUGAGAAGUCUGGUUACCUGGGGCAGCUAUGCCUGGCUGUAUUACCACAUGGGCAGACUGGCAGAAGCUCAGACUUACCUGGACAAGGUGGAGAACACUUGCAAGAAGUUUGCAAAUCCCUCCAGCUAUAGAAUCGACUGUCCUCAGAUGGACUGUGAGGAAGGAUGGGCCUUGCUGAAAUGUGGAGGAAAGAAUUAUAAACGGGCCAAGGCCUGCUUUGAAAAGGCUCUGGAAGUGGACCCAGAAAACCCUGAAUUCAGCACUGGGUAUGCAAUCACCGCCUAUCGCCUGGAUGGCCUUUACGAAUCAGGAAAGGAUAGUGCGGAAUUUUGUCUAAACAUACUAAAACAGGCCAUCAGGCUAAAUCCAGAAGAUGCAUAUAUCAAAGCUCUCCUUGCCCUGAAGCUUCAGGAUGUAGGACAAGAAGCUGAAGGAGAAAAGUACAUUGAAGAAGCGCUGACCAACACGUCCUCGCACACCUAUGUCCUUCGAUAUGCGGCCAAGUUUUACAGAAAAAAAGGCUCUCUGGAUAAAGCUCUUCAGCUCUUUAAAAAGGCCUUGAAGGCAACACCCUCCUCUGCCUUCGUGCAUCACCAGAUAGGGCUUUGCUACAGAGGACAAAUGAUUCAAAUAAAGAAAGCUGCAAACUGCAAGCCUAGAGGCCAGGAUAGAGAAAAUGUCAACAGAUUGGUUGGCUUGGCUAUAGAUGAAUUUCAAAAGACUUUGACACUAAGGCCCACAUUUGAGUUGGCUUAUGUUUCCCUGGCUAACAUGUAUGCAGAAAUAGGCCACUACAGAAAGGCUGAGGACACUUUUCAGAAAGUGUUGUACAUGAAAAUCAUUGAUGAUUGUCUACUG